AGCUCUGCCGGGGUUUGGGGAAUCCGCGACUGACCCAGCUAGGUCUUCGCGGGGUUCCCCGCCGCGGCCUUCCCCCUCCCACUCCCGUCGGUUGGCCCCAGCUAUGGAGAAGCUGACUCCUGAGCCAGAGCUACAGCGGCCUCGUUAGGGUGCGGCCUGAGUCUGGGAGAAGUGGGAUGUGAAACGAAGACCAGAAGCAGAUAUGAAGAGAGGCAGUGUGAAUUGAUACCAGUCAGCAUGUCAGAGAUAGAGCAUGUAGCCUCUACUUCCUCUGAUAAAAAUAUUGGAACAACAUCUGAAUUAAAGGAAGACUCAUGCAACUUGUUUUCUGGUGGUGAAGGCAACAGCUUAGAAAAUGAAUCCAUACUAUUGUCUUCAAAUUUUGAUAAAACUUUAUGUCAGCCUAAUGAACACAAUAAUCAGAUGGUAGCACAGGAAAAUUAUAUUCCAGAUCAUGGUGGAGGUGAGGAGUCUUGUGCUAAAACAGACAUAUGCCCAGAAAAUGCUGAACAAAUAGCUAAUUUUCCUGCUGGAGAUUUUGCGAACCGAGUUUCAAAAACAAAUGAAACAGAACAGACAGUAACACAAAUAUUGACGGAAUUAAGGUCAUCUACGUUUACAGAAGCAGCUGAUCAAAAGUCUUAUUCAGAAAGUCCUUAUGAUACAGACUGCACCAAGAAACUUAUUUCAAGAAUAAAAAACGUUUCUGCAUCAGAGGAUUUGUUGGAAGAAAUAGAAUCUGAGCUAUUAUCUACAGAAUUUGCAGAUGAACACCGAGUACCAAAUGGAAUGAAUAAGAGUGAACAUGCAUUAAUUAUAUUUGAAAAAUGUGUACAAGACGAGUAUCUGCAGCAGGAACAUACCAUAAAGAAGCUACUUAAAGAAAAUAAGAAGCAUCAGGAGCUCAUUUUAGACAUUUGUUCAGAAAAAGACAAUUUAAGAGAAGAAUUAAAAAAAAGAACAGAAACAGAGAAGCAGCAUAUGAGCACAAUUAAACAGUUAGAAUCAAGAAUAGAGGAACUCAAUAAAGAAGUUAAAGCUUCCAAAGAUAAACUAAUAGCUCAAGAUAUUGCUAGUAAAAAUGCAAUUCAACAGUUACACAAAGAGAUGGCCCAUCGGAUUGAACAGGCCAACAAGAAAUGUGAGGAGACACGCCAGGAAAAGGAAACAAUGGUAAUGAAGUAUGUAAGAGGUGAGAAGGAAUCCUUAGACCUUCGAAAGGAAAAAGAGAUACUUGAGAGAAAACUUAGAGAUGCAAAUAAGGAAUGUGAGAAAAACACUAACAAAAUUAAGCAGCUUUCUCAGGAGAAAGGAAAGUUACACCAGCUGUAUGAAACAAAGGAAGGUGAAACUGCUAGACUCAUCAGAGAAAUAGACAAGUUAAAGGAAGAUAUCAACUCUCACAUCAUUAAAGUGAAAUGGGCACAAAACAAAUUAAAAGCUGAAAUGGAUUCACACAGGGAAACCAGAGAUAAACUCAAAGAAACAACAACAAAGUUAACCCAAGCAAAGGAGGAAGCUGAUCAGAUACGAAAAAACUGUCAGGAUAUGAUAAAAACAUACCAGGAAUCAGAAGAAAUUAAAUCAAAUGAGCUUGAUGCAAAGCUCAGAGUCACAAAAGGAGAACUUGAAAAACAAAUGCAAGAAAAAUCUGACCAGCUAGAGAUGCAUCAUGCCAAAAUAAAGGAACUAGAGGACCUGAAGAGGACAUUUAAGGAGGGCAUGGAUGAGCUACGAACACUGAGAACAAAGGUAAAAUGUCUAGAAGAUGAACGAUUAAGAACAGAAGAUGAAUUAUCGAAAUAUAAAGAAAUUAUUAAUCGCCAAAAAGCUGAAAUUCAGAAUUUAUUGGACAAAGUGAAAAUUGCAGAUCACAUGCAGGAACAGCUUCAAAGAGGUAAACAAGAAAUUGAAAAUUUGAAGGAAGAAGUGGAAAGUCUUAAUUCUUUGAUUAAUGACCUACAGAAAGACAUUGAAGGCAGUAGGAAAAGAGAAUCUGAGCUACUACUGUUUACAGAAAAGCUCACUAGUAAGAAUGCAUAGCUUCAGUCUGAAUCCAAUUCUUUGCAGUCACAAUUUGAUAAACUUUCCUGUAGUGAAAGUGAGUUACAAAGCCAGUGUGAACAAAUGAAACAGACAAAUUUUAAUUUGGAAAGUAGAUUGUUAAAAGAAGAAAAACUGCAAAAAGAGGAAGUCCAGACUCUGCAAGCUGAACUCACUUGUAGACGAACGGAAGUUAAAACAUUGAGUACCCAGGUAGAAGAAUUAAAAGAUGAAUUAGUAACUCAAAGACGUAAACAUGCUUCUAGUAUCAAGGAUCUUACCAAACAACUUCAGCAAGCACGAAGAAAGUUAGAUCAGGUUGAGAGUGGAAGCUAUGAUAAAGAAGUCAGCAGCAUGGGAAGUCGUUCCAGUUCAUCAGGGUCCCUUAAUGCUCGAAGCAGUGCAGAAGAUCGAUCUCCAGAAAAUACUGGGUCCUCAGUAGCUGUGGAUAACUUUCCAGAAGUAGACAAGGCUAUGUUGAUUGAGAGGAUAGUAAGGCUGCAGAAAGCACAUGCCCGGAAGAAUGAAAAGAUAGAAUUUAUGGAGGACCACAUAAAACAAUUGGUGGAAGAAAUUAGGAAAAAAACAAAAAUAAUUCAGAGUUACAUUUUACGGGAAGAAUCAGGUACACUUUCUUCAGAGGCGUCUGAUUUUAACAAAGUCCAUUUAAGUCGACGGGGCGGCAUCAUGGCAUCUUUAUAUACAUCCCAUCCAGCAGAUAGUGGGUUAACAUUGGAACUUUCUCUGGAGAUCAACCGAAAAUUACAGGCUGUUUUAGAGGAUACAUUACUAAAAAAUAUCACUUUGAAGGAAAAUCUACAGACACUUGGAACAGAAAUAGAACGCCUUAUCAAAUACCAGCAUGAAUUGGAACAGGGGAUGAAGAUCUAACACAGAGUAAACAGAAGCCACCCAAGGAGCAGGUGCUGCUGACCAGUAUUAUUGGAAACUGUCCCCUGCUUUGUGUGUCACCCAGUAGAACAUGUUUUGCUUCAUCUGUACAGAAAGUAUCCUUUCACCAUAUAAAUGCAUUCUUGUGUAUACUGAAAGAAUAUAAGCUUUGAUGACAUUUGUUUUUGUAUGGUGCAAUACAGCAGCCUAUUAUUGAAUAAAGAAAACUUAAUUUAAUUGCUAACAGUCAUAUGAAGUGCUGAAUAUUACUACAAGGGCUUUUAAAACCCCUUUUCCAUAUUUCUUUCCCUUAAAGUAUAUAAUGUCAAAAAUGAGUCAGCAUUUUAAAAUUAUGCAUGAAAACACAAGUGUUACUCAUUCAAUAAGUAACAUGCUAUUCCUCCAACAUCAAGAAAUCUAAAGAAAUGAUAAAAUUUCUAAUACUUUGAAAUUCAGAUGAUAACAUUUGAUAAUGUUUUAGGGAUGCAUAUGAGUACUUAAAUCUCUUCAUUGUAAUUUUAGUUUUAAGGACAGCUAAAUUCAGUAGGAAAGCUAAAUAUUGAUAACCAGCAAUGAUCAUGCAUUGUCAUGCCUCUGUCCAAUAUCUGCUAGGUAGCUUCCUUUUUAAUUUUUGUGAUUUAUAGUGUAAAACAUAUUUUCAGAUUCCAAUUAUUUGAGUUAGUAGUUAAAUUUUUAAAUCUUCAAUUAUAUAAAAUAGGGUUUUAAGUAACAUGUUCAUUUAGAAAAUUACUGUGGACUUCAGUUAUAUUUUCAAAUCUGAAAUGGAUCCAAUCAUUAGAACAGAGAGAUGAAUAGUCAACUAUUUGAAACUGAAAUAUAUUAGUUUUACUAACAUCAAAUGUAAAGAUAAAUGUAAUAGUGUUUUAAGAUAUUUAUGAAGAACCAGUUCCCAUGAGAAACCAGCAUAUGACACUGUAAACCAUUUCAUUUGAGCACUAUUCUUUCCUAUUGAUAUAAUUGCAUAUUGUAGUGAAACAAUCAUACAGUUCCCUGAAAGAAAUGUGAUCUAUUUUUUUAUUUAAUACACAAAAUAAUUACAUCUCCAAAACCAAAGGAAUUUUGGAGCCAAAUGUAUGUAUCUGUCAGAUUUUUAUAAUACUUUAUUUAAGAUCUGCCAUUAAAAGUUGUCUGCCAGACAUAAAAAAAAAAAAAAAAAAAAAAGAGAAAAAUCAAGAGACUAAGAGACAAUGACAAUUAAAUGCAAUAUAUAGUUCUGGAUGGUAUCUAAUAAGGGAGGAGGACAGACUGAAUAGCCAUUAUUGGCACAUUAAAAAUUAGAAUAUAAAUUUUAUAUCAGUGCU